CCCGGGAUUAAGUUGCAUCCUGUCGCGAUGAGAACUCUGCCAUUUUUGUUGGCGCUGGCGCUCUUGGCCUUUGGAGUUGCCUCAUCAUCCUCCACCACCAGCACAACCACAUCGGUGAAGCCAAAGACCAAUAAUCCCAAGGCUGAGUCAGAGAAGCCCACCAAGCAGCCAUCGCCAUCGCCAUCCGCAGCUCCAUCGCCAUCGCCAUCUUCCAAGGCCACAAACACCUCCACCACCCGGCAGUCUAAAGCCUUGAAGCCGGGCGAGAAUCGUGGCAAGAGAACGCUCUACGACUUUGGCAAUGCCGGCUAUCUGUAUCCGGAAGUGGCAUCCCGAAGGGCUGGCUAUGUGGACAACGCGGCGAGCUAUUAUCCCCAAACUGGUUACUACAAUGGCCAAAGUGCAGUUGCUCAAUAUCCCGGAAGCUUUGGACCCGCCUAUGCUCAAUAUCCUCAGUACUUGGAGGCGCCAGAGCCCAUCAUCGAGAUCAUCAUCAAGGAUGCCAAUGAAACACUAGCCGAGGAGCCCGCCCAGCCCAUUGUGACCAAGAAGAAGAAGAAGAAGGAGAAGGUGCACGUGUUCUAUGUGAACUACAAGAAGGAUCAGAACAACAAGCUGCAUCUGGAGUCGCCGAUUGCCUCGCUGAACAACGACGACAACGAGGAGGAAGAGGAGGAGGAGGAAGAGGUCAUCCAGUAUCCGGUGACGCCCCUGCCUCCGGUAAAGUCCACCACCCUGCGCACUAUUAUCCACCCGGACUCGGAGAAAUACCACAGUAACUCCGGUAUUCAUGUGUCGUUCGGAGCGGAGAACAAGCACCAAACAGGUCACAUUCUGGAGGAGCACGAUGCCGAGAGCAUUCAGCGCCAAGUGGUGGCACUGCCGCCUUCGGUGUCCUCCAAAUCGGAGGGCAGCUACGUGAGCAAUACCCGUGCGGAUUACGGACGAGAGAACAGCUUUGGAUCCCGGCCAGGUCCCAUUUCCAAUUUGCUCUUUGGCAGCAACUACCAACAGUCAUCAGGAGUCAACUACCAGCAGCAACAACAGCAACUGCCCACGCAGCACAGCAACAACUACUUUAGGCCGCCGGCGGCUCUGGUGGGUCCUCCCCCCAACUAUCCGAAGCCAGCAGCCCAGCAACAGGUGCAGCAGCCACAUCGCCCCAGCAUCACCCAGCAGCAAUUGCCCUCCACUUCAUCGCAGACCAUUUUCAACAAGCUGGUGCAACAGUCGCAGUUCUACAUCAACCACAACCAGCAGUACCCACAGCAGCAACAUCACCAGCAGCAGCAGCAGCAGCAUCAGUAUCAGCAGCAGCAGCAUCAGCAGCAGCAGCAGCAUCAGCAGCAGCAGCAGCAUCAGCAGCAUCAGCAGCAACAUCAGCAGCAACAUCAGCAGCAGCAUCAGCAGCAGCAUCAGCAGACACAACAGCAGCAUCAACAUCAACAGGCACCGCAGCAACAUCAGCAGCAGGCCCCGCAGCAACAGCAGUACCAGAAACCUCCGCAUAAGCAGGUCCAGGUGCCAUUCUUUCCCACCAUUCCACCCAAGAGCGUGACCCCUGCUCCCUAUCAGCCCGUCAAGUUCCGUCCCACUCCGGCACCAGUGGUCCAAGCGAAACCCCUGCCCCUGCCCGUCAAACUGGAUAAUGCCAACUACCAACAGCAGCAGCAGCAACACUAUCAGCCGCAGCAGCAACAGAAGUUGCCGCAUCAACAGCAAUCUUAUCAGUUCGUUCGCCAGCCUCAGUUUGUGCAUCAGCCACAGUUUGUGGUGCGUUCCCCCACUCCACCCCCAGAGUACUACACCCAGCAGAAGCAGCAGACACAGCAGCAUCAUCACCAGAGCGCUCUCAACUACUUCGACAUCAAGCCAUCGAAGGAGACGGAGUUGCUCAAGUCCAUUCCCAAGUUCGAGCAGCACAUCACGGAGACCGUACAGAAUCCCAUUGCUGCCGCGCAGCAGCCACAGCAGCAAUAUCAUCAGCAGCAGGUGCAGCAACAACAGCAACAGCAGCAGCAGCAGCAGCAGCAGUUUGCUUAUAGCAGCACGAGGAAUGAGGUGAUCCACGAUGUACCCGCUCCCAACUUGGGACCCACUACUUCGCAGCACAUCUCCGGCCACUAUAUAACGGCUGGAGCAUCUGGUGUCCAGCAAGCGCAGCAAUUCGGCAGCUUUCCCAGCGCAGCUCCCACGCAGCCACCCGUCUACGCAGAGUCCACUCAUGGCCAGAAAGUGAUGGUGGUGACCCCAGUGCCUCCAUCCUCCAACUAUGUGACCUAUGGCCAGUACUCUCAGACCGCUAAUGAGCCUGUGGUCCACAUUAAUGCCCAGUCUGCGGCUCUGCAGGCUCAGGCCAGCACCAACUUCGCCCAGCAGCCCAGGCAGCCCGCCUCCUCGCUGAUCAGUGCUCCAUCCUCGGAUAACUCGCCCUUCAGUGUGUCCACCUACCACUCGGACGUGUUCAAGGAGCUGGAGCAGCGCAACCAGAAGGAUAAGAAGUCGCCACAGCAGGUGCAACAUCAGGUGCAACAACAGGCUCCACAAAUUGCUGCAGCACCGGUUCCUGCUUCUGUUCCCGCUCCAACUUCCACUCCUGCCACUGCUCCAAAUGGCAAGGCCUCGCAGACCCUACUGCAAUUGCCCGACGAAGUGCCUGAUGAUCUCCGCCAGCAACUCUUCUCCUCUGGCAUCCUGAACAAUGCCGAUAUCUCAAUCUUGGACUACGACAAGCAGGGGGAUAUUGCGCUGGAGAACCUGCCCGCCGAACAUCUGCAGCACUUCUAUGGAGCCGGUGGUGGCGCCCAGAUUGCCGAGACCAACAAGGUUUUGACCGUGGUCAAGCCCAAUGGCGACAAGGUAGCCCUUAGCGAGAAGCAGCUGGACCGCGUGAAGCAGUCCAACUCGCUGCCCCAGAAGCAGGAUCUCGAUGUGAAGGUGGUGCGCUAUGAUGCCGCUCAGGGUCAGAGUGUGAGCGACAAGUAUGUGCGCACCGAUGCCACCGUGGUGACCCCGGUGGACUUGGCCGAACGACAACAGUACAACCGCUACCUCCCUCUGAAGAUCAACGGAGCACAGUUUCCGAUUCCCGACAGCGAGGAGCUGCUAGGCAAGCGAAUUGUCAGCGUGGUGGUCCUGGCUCCCGUGGAGGCUCAGAAUCCUGGACAGGCUGCCGGUGAGGCGAGGAGUGCCGAUGGCAAAGAGGUCAAGUUCCUGGGCGGUGAGCUCAUCAAGACGCUGGUGAAGAAGCCCACCAAGGAGAACUUCAAGCGCUGGCUGGAGAAGGAGGCGCGCACGGAUCUGGAUCUGCAGUCCGUCGUGCUGCUGGUGGCAAAAUCCACAGAUGCAUCCGCGGAACAGGAGAUCUUCAUGUACGACAUUGGAACGGGCAGCAUAAACCGCCUGAACGGGGAGCUGUCCAGCACGUUUGUUAACGUGGCCGAGGAGAACGCCAGCAGCGAGGAUCUGGAGCACGCCGCCACUUUGGACCACAGCUCGCUGGAGUCCAUGAUGCAUCUGCGCCGCAGAUAGACAUCGCUAUCGAGUCGAGUCGCCGCAGUCCAAACAAAAUGCCAUUUAGCUACUCAACUAGACAUGAUCAUCGUGUGCCCCUGAAAGACCCUCUGGACUUUAACUUCUUCCUUAGUUUUUUCUUCUCUUUUCCCAAACUGUCCUCAGGUUGCACAUUUUCCACUGAAAAAGAAAUCGUUUCAUUGAUCACGGCAUUGCAUUCAAAUC